UCUCAAGGUGUCUCCUAACGCCUUUGCUCCUAUUUGUUAAGGAGCUUCACACUUCCUGGUCACCAUACAUCAUGCUAAGAAGAGGAACUUUGAAGUCUCGAGUGAUUGCUGGUCAAAAGGCUGAUGAGUGGGUGUUGAAAGGAAUCUCAGGCUACAUCUACGGCCUCUACCUGAAGAAGACCUUUGGCGUCAAUGAGUACCGCCACUGGAUCAAAGAGGAGUUGGACAAAAUUGUGGAAUAUGAGCUAAAGAUGGGAGGAGUUCUGUUGCACCCAACUUUCAGUGGAGUCAAAGAGAAGGACAACCCAACUCCCCACCUUCACUUCUCCAUCAAGCACCCCCACACUUUGUCCUGGGAGUACUACAAGAUGUUCCAGUGUAAGGCCCACCUGGUGAUGAGGCUGAUCGAAAACAGGAUCAGCAUGGAGUUCAUGUUGCAGGUUUUCAACAAGCUUCUGAGUCUGGCGAGCACAGCUUCAUCCCAGAAGUACCAGAGUCAUAUGUGGAGCCAGAUGCUUCUGUCCACUCACGCCUUUCUCAAAUCCAUCUCCAACGUCUCAGGCAAAGACAUCAGUCCCCUCAUCAAACAAUGGGUAGACCAAAGUGCUGUGGUGAAAUUCUUUGGCAGCUUUGCCUUCAAUAGGAAGAGGAACGUGCUCGAGCUGGAGAUCCGACAGGACUACACGUCAUCGGGGACUCAGAAAUAUGUGGGUCCCAUCAAAGUGACGGUACAGGAGCUGGAUGGAUCCUUCAACCACAUGCUGCAAAUCGAGGAGAACAGCCUCAAACACGACAUCCCCUGUCACUCCAAGAGCAGACGAAACAAGAAAAAGAAAAUCCCUCUGAUGAAUGGAGAGGAAGUUGACAUGGAUUUAUCGGCCAUGGAUGCCGACUCCCCCCUCCUAUGGAUCCGCAUCGACCCAGACAUGUCCAUUUUGCGGAAGGUGGAGUUUGAGCAGGCUGACUUCAUGUGGCAGUAUCAGCUACGCUAUGAGAGGGAUGUAGUUGCACAGGAGGAGUCCAUCUCGGCGUUGGAAAAGUUCCCGACUCCUGCCUCCAGACUGGCUCUGACUGACAUCCUGGAGCAGGAACAGUGUUUCUACAAAGUCCGCAUGCAGGCCUGCUUCUGUUUGGCCAAGAUAGCCAAUGCCAUGGUUAGCACGUGGCAGGGUCCACCAGCCAUGAAGUCCCUGUUUACGCGAAUGUUCUGCUGUAAGAGCUGCCCCAACAUUGUCAAGACCAACAACUUCCUCAGCUUCCAGAGUUACUUCCUGCAAAAGACGAUGCCCGUUGCCAUGGCCUUGCUUCGAGACGUCCAGAACCUCUGUCCCAAAGAUGUCCUCAACUUCAUCCUUGAUCUCAUCAAGUAUAAUGACAACAGGAAAAACAAAUUCUCAGAUAACUACUACCGUGCCGAGCUGAUCGGAGCGCUGACCAACUCUCUGACUCCGGCCAUCAGCAUUAACAACGAGGUGCGCACUGUGGACAACUUGAAUGCUGACGUCCGCCUCAUCUUGGAGGAGAUCACGCGAUUCCUCAACAUGGAAAAACUGCUUCCGAGCUUCAGAAACACCAUCACUGUCAGUUGUCUGAGUGCGAUCCGCCAGCUUCAGAAGAACGGUCACAUUCCCAGUGACGCGUCACUCUUCAAGUCCUACGCCGAGUACGGACACUUUGUCGACGUCCGUGUCGCUGCACUGGAGGCUCUAGUGGACUACACUCGAGUUGAAAGAAGCUUGGCAGACCUGCAGUGGUUGCUCCUCAUGGUCCAGAAUGACCCAGCUCAUUAUGUCAGACAUAAGAUCCUGGGUAUGCUGUGUAAGAAUCCACCUUUCAACAAGACUACAGACUCUGCUCUGUGUAAUGAAGCUCUGGUCGACCAGCUCUGGAAACUUAUGAACUCAGGCACCUCCCACGACUGGCGGUUGCGCUGUGAUGCCGUGAACCUCUACCACACCCUGUUUGGUCUGACUCGGCCUUCCUGCCUCCCCCUGCCAGAGCUGGGCCUCGUGCUCAACCUGAAGGAGAAGAAAGCUGUCCUGAACCCCACCAUGAAGCCCGAGCUGGGGGGCAGCUCUGUCAUGGACACGCCCGCCAGCAUAGGCAUCCAUGGCGUGGGCAUGAGCUACUCAGCUGUGGAUGAAGAGCCCGAUCCUAUGUCCUUGGGGGUGUGUGGGGUGGGCCUGAAGAGGAAGGCUGAGACCCCGCUGGGCUCCCCUCCAGAGCCAGGACAGGUGCUCCAGCAACAGGAGGAGGAUGCACGAGGGGGACGAUACAAGAUCAGGUUCAACACAAUGGAAGACGAAGAUAUUGAUAUGGAGACGGUUCAUGACAGUCAGGCCUUCAUUCACCAUCAUCUCAAUUUGUUAGAGAGACCCUCCACGCCAGGUAAAGAGCCUCCAUCAGUGGAACAGUCCAUUCUGUCCAUGCCCGCCACGCCCGUGCCGUCCUUCCCCAAGGAGACCACCUCCUCGUCCUCCAAACAUGGUGGCGAGCACGGCCAUCACCACCACCACCACCACCACCAUGAGCACAAGAAGAAAAAGAAGAAGCACAAGCACAAACACAAGCACAAGCAUAAACACGAGAGCAAGGACAAGGAGAAGGACAGAGAGAGGGACAACUCUCACGCCUACAGCAACAGCCCGGCCAGCGGCAGGUCCCUGCGCUCGCCAUCUCUGUCUGACUGAAGCGUCUGGAGUUCAGUUUCCAACUCCUACUUCGGGUUAACUAUGUUGUUUAUCUAAAAAUUCUCUACUCGGUGCUUUCAACCAACAGGAAGAGUUAAAUGGACAAAGUGUGAAGGAAGAGGGUGCUGUUCCAUGUGUAAUGUUCCAAAUCUAUUUCAGCACUUAAGACACCACUUCCAAUCUGGCAUGCAACCAUAUGCACCUUUCUCCACAAACGGGCAAACGGAUAUCAUGCACUCUGCCUAGACACUACUCGGGUGUGCCUCGUCCACACAGCUCCAUCCCAACAUUCAGUGAGCGGCUUCCGAGGGGUAGACAUGAUGGAUUGUGAUGUGGAUCGAACCAUUCUGCCUGGACUGGGCCUCUGGUGUCUUUAACGUCCUGCAAACAGCAUCCCCCUGAUAAUGAUUAAAACAUUCGGAUUCCCUGUACAAUUGAAACUCAAUUAAUGCUAGUGUUUUCUUUUAAAUAGAGAUAUGUUUUGUAUACCAACUGCGAUCAUUGAUGAUGAAAGCUACUUUUGUGCUCAUAGAUGUUUUAACUAGAUUAAAUCCAGCUCAAUAAGGCUGGUUUACUCUAGCAGUAGGUCUGAUGGUUUUAAACAAUGGAAACAACAUGCAGAAUUCAAUGUUGCCCAUUUAAUUUACCGAAGUAGUGAUGUGUUAAAGUACGGGUUUCUUGUUCAAUUGGUCUCCUAAAUUAAGCUUGCCUUGUCUUAAUAUGACAAACAAAAGACAAAGUCCUACAUCAGCAGUUAUUCCCACUCUACUGGUGAAUUAUCCUGGGGACCCUCGUCUCCAACGUGCUAUGAGAUUUCCCAUAACAGUAGUUAUUCCUCUUGUUCGACACAAUAACCUUUACAUUGGCUAUAAAGACACAGUACAGUAGAUACAAACCAGUCAUCAAAGAAAUGUAGAGGAAUGAGAGGAUCAAGUAUAGAAUUCAUGGAGAAUUUGGGAUGCUUAACUGAGGAAUCUAGCCCUUGUGUUUUCUAUGCGGUAAUUUGUUUCGUAAGAUUUGUUCAUUUAAUUGUUUUUUAAUAAAUUGAAUGCAAUUUAAUUUUUAUUAAUAUUUGUGCCAAAAGCACGGUAUUGAUCCUUUGUGUAAAAUGGGUUGUGUCAACUUUUAAAGAUGUAUGGAAGGCUA